AUGUUGCUGACAUUGUUUGUAUUAAAAACAGGUGGUUUAUGGAUUGAUUCUGAUUUUAUUCAUGGACAUUCAAAAGCCGCACCACUUUCAUCAACAUAUGGGAACCCACGAUUAUCUAAACAGGAAAAUUUUUUGAUAGAUGAAGUUGAAGUAUGGUCAGUAAGACCAACACAAGUUGAUUUGGAUGAAAUUCCAAAAGGUUUAAAACGUUCAGUGUUCGAUAAUCAUCGUGAAGAGUUAGACCUUUUAGAAAUGGCUACAGGUCGUAAAAUGUACUCAAAAGAUGUUAGGGAACCGGAUGAAUUAUUCCCUGAAGAAGAAUAA